UCAGAGGCAAGCGAUACUUCCGACAACCGACAGUCUUGAGACGAACACCGUGUUAACGUUCGCACUUUAUUUAUUGCAGAAUAUACUGAAACCGUGUGAAUGAAUAUACCUCGUUAUCAUUCAGGACCAUAUGGUGAGAACCCCGAGCGGAGAAGAAGAACAGAAACCUGCACCACCCGGACCCGGAGGACGGAGCGUUGGCCAACACCGUCUCCUGAAAGCAAAACGAGCGUCCACCGCCUUCCAGCAUCUUGAGGAUGAACCACUUAUCCCUCAGCGAGAUAUGUUGCCUGUUCUGCUGUCCGCCGUGCCCCAGCAAGAUCGCCUCUAAGCUGGCCUUCCUGCCUCCGGAGCCCACCUACAGCCUCAUGUCUGACGACAGCGGCAGCCGCUGGACACUGCACCUCUCCGAGCGCGCCGACUGGCAGUACUCGACCCGCGAGAAGGACGCCAUCGAGUGUUUCAUGACUAGCACGACAAGAGGGAACCGCAUCGCCUGUAUGUUUGUCCGCUGCUCCCCCAGUGCUCGAUAUACUCUAUUAUUCUCCCAUGGCAAUGCGGUGGACUUGGGCCAGAUGAGCAGCUUCUACAUCGGCCUGGGUUCACGGAUCAACUGCAACGUCUUCUCCUACGACUACUCGGGUUACGGGGCCAGUUCUGGAAAACCCUCUGAGAAGAACCUGUACGCCGAUGUCGACGCCGCCUGGCAGGCUCUGCGCUCACGCUAUGGCAUCCGCCCGGAGAACGUGAUCGUGUACGGCCAGAGCAUCGGCACCGUGCCCUCUGUGGACCUGGCCUCCCGCUAUGAGAGCGCUGCAGUCAUCCUCCACUCCCCGCUCACCUCUGGGAUGAGAGUGGCCUUCCCCGACACCAAGAAGACCUACUGCUGUGACGCCUUUCCAAACAUCGACAAGAUUUCCAAGGUGACGUCGCCCGUACUGGUGAUCCACGGCACGGAGGACGAGGUCAUCGACUUCUCCCACGGCCUGGCGCUGUACGAACGCUGCCAGCGCCCCGUGGAGCCGCUCUGGGUGGAGGGGGCCGGACACAACGACGUAGAGCUCUAUGGACAGUAUCUGGAGAGACUCAAACAGUUUGUUGCACAUGAACUGGUCAACUUGUAGAGGAGCUGGGGAAAAGAGAGAAGAAGAGAGUUGGGGGAUGGAGAAGGGGCACAACUUCCCCCCUUUUUGUGUGUGAAGAGAUGCAGGUGAAAGUGUUUUUGUGUCUGCAGUGCUGACGUUUUGGUGGCAGUCUCUUCUCAAUAUUGAGCAGCUCUUCCCGUGUGGGCUGCAGCGUGUCUGCAGGUACCGUCAGCUUCACACACACACACACACACACACACACACAGUGUGCGCGUGCGCCUUGGUCCACUUUUCUUAAAAGAGAGGUUCUUGAGGCUUUCAAGGUUCUGAAUCGCAGCAUUGCUGCAAACUGAAGUGAACCAGACUCUCUCUCUCUCAUCCAAAUUGACUCCAUCUGACUUUAAAGCCAGGUUCAGUCACCUUGAGUUUCUUUUUUUGGAUUACUUUAUUAUAUAUAUUUUUUGUAUUAUACAUGGUAAUUUGCAUGUAUCAGCUGUCACUCAAGAACCGUACAAGACAAACUGAUACUAUCUAUCUGGACCAGUGGUGCCAAAUACUUAGUAUAGUAUAUAGCAGCGAGACUUGAUAGAUUAAGAAUCGUCUCUGACGCUCCGUAAGCUGUACCCAGUCUCUACUUCUCCGUUUAGUCUGAAACAAAGUGGUUUCAUGCCAUUCUAGAGUCAAGAAUACGAUCAAGACGGACUCGGUCUGCAGCUCGUGGAGUUCGUAUUGACCAAUGAGUUGCUUCCUCACUCUUUCUUUGGAAGGUUCUUACUUCGCGUUAUCCUCUGAGGGAUCACUAUGCUGUCGUGGAUGAGCUGGAUGUUGUUGGAAUAAAUAAAAAAAAUACAUGUUUAAUGGACAAAAUAUCUGACACCAUUUGGAAAUGACAAAGUAUUCGCCUUGAUAAAGUAACUAUUAUGAAAACCAGCUUUGAGCUUUUGUCCGUCCCCAAGUUAUAUAAUGUACAGAUCUCUCUUGUGUACCAAUAUCCGAUCUUUCUAGAACCUUUUUUUGAUAACUAUGUUGACUACUGUGACAGCAGCCAAUAGUCUGUGCUCUAAAGACGUAAACCACUAAUGCCAAUGGGGACUGAGCGGUGACGUCUCGACGCAGCUGCUGUUGAUUCCUCUUCAGUUUGGGAAGUUGUUUAACAUGAAAUGUGUUGUGUUUCAAAUGAGAAGAGCUUAAAACGAAUGGAAAAGGCUUCUCCCAGCCCGAGUGGCUCGGCGUUUAAGCCCUCCAGAACGACAGUGUUUACUUUUUGUCUUCAUCUCGUCUGCAUGGUAUUUCUGGAUCCAUCUCUCUGUUAAUUUGCCUUAUUUGAAUGCGUAGUGAACCAGCUGAUGACUCACCGAGGCCCUGAACAGCAGACGUUAACGUGCUACUGCAUGCCAUGGAUCGUUUAGAUGUCUGUCGUUUUGGAUUUUUAUAACAAACUCAGAAUUGCAUUAUAAAUCUCUAAUGAGUCAUUUUUAUUCUGGGUGUUUUUGAUGCCCGUGUUCACAAAAGUGGUCAAAUACUGGUGAGACAAUUAACCAAUACGUCAAUGGGUGCUACUGUAAACCUUCAGAUCUGAUUACUGACAGGCUGAGAGGACGCGAGAUGUUUGUGACCAGGAUCCAGACGAGGACUGGUGACCGUUGUCUGUCAGGUGAUGGUUAUGAAAACGUCUUUUCACAACUAAUUUGUCCUUUAAACAAGAUUAUGCUUUCUUUUAUUUUCACUUUGUAAAUAAUAUUUUGACUUUCUUUUUUCUUUGUCCUCAUUUUACUUCGCUCACUCUUUAUGACAACUGUUGGAACACGGUAGACCAUAACUUUUGCUCUCGGCUGAUCUUUGUACAGGUCACUUUGACUAAUAUCAUCUGAUUUCCAUUCAUUUUGUAUAUCAUAUUUAAAUACAGAAGGAACGUAUAUGUAAUAACAAUGUUAAUAAAGUAAUUCUAACACGGAUUGAGCAAAUAAAAUGGUAUUUGCGAAGCAACCCAGUC